AUGCUGCCUGAAUUCUCAUCUCUACUGGAUCAAUCAGAAGGUCAAACAGUGGCUAACCAACCCAUGCCAAUUCAUGCAGAGUCUUCGAACUCUAUACUGCCUGCACCUUCACACACCAUGCAGAAUUGUGCAAAAUCAGGUAUUCAUAAGCCUAAUCCUAAUACAGCGGAUCCAAGUCUCUUUAUCAAUCAUUUAGCUCAUGGCACUUUGGUGCUACUUUUAUAUGUGGAUGAUAUCAUUCUCACGGGUUCUUCAGAUAAGUUAAUUAAUCAGUUCAUAGUUGUGUUGCACACUGAAUUUGCAAUAAAGGACCUUGGUGCACUUCAUUAUUUUUUGGGGAUUGAAGUUAGUCAUGUUUCAAAUGGCCUUGUACUACACCAAUCUAAGUAUGCUAUUGAUCUGCUUAAUCAUGCCUUGAUGAGAGAUUGCAAACCAGUUCAUACUCCAAUGACUCAAAAGUUCAAAACAAUCACGGAUUCAACAACCCUUUGUGAUACUCACAACUAUCGAUCACUAGUUGGUGCAUUACAGUAUUUAACACUAACACGUCCUGAUAUUUCAUUUAGUGUUAAUUAUGUUUCUCAGUUCACGCAUGCUCCAACACAAGACCAUUUCACAAUGGUAAGAAGGAUUCUGAGAUAUGUCAAAGGGACUGUACACCAUGGUUUGCAUUUUCAAAACUCAAGUACAUUGGAUCUUUAUGCCUUCUCGGAUGUUGAUUUGGUUGGCUGUCCACAUACACGACGUUCCACAACUGGUUUCUGUACUUACCUUGGCAGUAACAUCAUUUCUUGGAGUGCAAAGAAACAACCCACAGUCUCUCGUUCAAGCUCAGAAGCUGAAUACAGGGCCAUGGCCCAAACUGCUGCAGAAAUCACUUGGCUUACUUUUAUUCUCCGUGAUCUUCAAGUUCCAUUGAUGACACCUCCAGUUUUAUUUUGUGAUAAUCUAAGUUCCUUGUUUAUGACCGUAAAUCCUAUGUUUCAUGCUAGAAGUAAACACAUUGAGUUAGAUUAUCAUUAUAUCAGGGAGCGAGUCUCUCUUGGGUUGUUAACCACUCGACAUAUCUCUACUUCAGCUCAGAUUGCAGAUGUUUUCACCAAGCCACAAACCAGAUAUGACCUGGACAAGCUCAAGCACAAACUAUGCCUUGUUACCACACCUAGUUUGAGGGCGGAUGAUAACAUUCACCAUUUGAUCAAUAAUAUUCCAGAUAUGGAAACAGUUGAUAUGGAGAGAAGCAUGACAGAUAUGGAUGCCGAGAGUAUGGCAGGUUGA